UUUUCUUGGAGGUUGUGUUUCCUCACCAUUUUCCCAAUUCUGUCUGUGACUCAGCACUCUGCCACAGAAAUUUCCUGGUUGCCUUGAUGGAUGACCAGUACCAGUUUUUGUUGUACAAUAUGAUAUAUGCUUCAAAAUUAGAAAAGUUAAUUGGGUCCCAAGGAAAUCAUAGGGUAUUCUUUAAACUAGUUAGUGAAAAUAGAAGACCUUGCGUAUCAUCUAAAGUUGGACAAAGGGAAACAGCAUCACUUCUCUUAUGUGAAGUAAUUAAGGAGUUCACAAUGCUGUAAUGACCAAUGUAAAUGUUACUUUUGCUAGGAUCUCAAGAUAUCUUGAAACAUUAAUUAAUUAAUAGAAAUUAUCUAGUAACAAAAACAUUCAAUCAUAUCAAAUAUCCCAUACAACAGUGCAUCUCAAGCUGAUAUGACAGACUAGCAUUUCCCCCCUAUUUGCCAAGGACUGGUACAAUAUAUGUGCCCACUGACUACAAUUAUUAUUUUCUUUUUUUCCCCUUGGAAACUUACCAUAAACUGGCUCCCUGAACAGCACUAGUCCAUGGAAUAUCAUUUUGACUAGCAAUGCCAUACAGUACAUACUAUCAGAGGUGUCAGCUUCAGUUUCCAAGUAAAGUUUCCACAGCCCAAAUAGCUAAAAAUGACACGACACUAAAUUUUGAUAUAAAAUAAGAUAGUAAGAAACUGCUUAUCUGUAUCUAACACAAUGAUGCCUCUUUGUAUUUCUUGGAGAAGAUUUAUGUACCAGAAAUGUUAAGCAACUGUGAAAGUAUCUUCAGUUCAUCUGUAAUAAUUUUCUUUUCAGCAAUUGUGCACAAACAAGCAAUCGGAAUAUACUGUGAGAAAACAAGUACAUAUCUUUUAAACAAAAGCAUGAAGCAUUUGGUGGACAUGAUCUAAUGCUCAUCCUCAUCAUUCUGUUCUGUUAAAUUUAAUCAGAGCAGUGUACAUUAUCAUAAUAGAAGUCUUUAAGCCAGGUUCGGAAGAGUUACUGCACACAUUAACAAUCUCACGUUGGCACAGAUAAGCGACGUGUUCCCCAUCAUUUGCUGAUGCAGUGAAUGAAAAUGACGCAGAUGUGGGUCAGCCUGCAUACUACAUUUAUAAAGCGAUGAUAAUUAUAGCUAUUCCAAUUUGUAUUUUGGGAUUAGUUGGGAAUGGAUUAAUCGUUUUCUUUCUUUUUUUUUAAGAUCAAAAUGACAAAGUACACUGUAUAUAUUCUGAAUAUAGCUAUUGCUGAUUUUAUUGUUUUGCUCUAUCAAUAUACAUAUUUCAUGUUAUUUUUGCAACCAACUCACCUUAGUGGAUCUGCUUCACAUUUUCUAGAGUUGAUGUAUAGUCUUGGAAACAAAUCCGGCUUCUGCAUAUUAACAACUGCUUGCCUUGAAAGGUGUUUUUCAGUCUUUCCUCCCAUCUGCUAUCUAUUUCAACGGCCAAAACAUCUCUCAGUUAUUAUUUGUAUCAUGUUGUGGAUCGUCUGUGGUAUCAUAUCUUUUGUGGAAUAUUUAGCAUGCUAUCCAAGAUUCUAUGCAUAUUUAGAUGAAGAUAGUUACAGUUGUUAUGUUCAAACUAUAUUCAGAAUGGUCCUUGCGUACAUGAUUCUCAUUCCCAUCAUGACCUUUUCCACUUUGGCUAUUUUUAUCAGAAUGCUGCAAAAAGCACAUGAAACGACUCCUGUAACAUUUGAUUUUACCCUUAUAGCUAUAGUUAUUCUUUAUCUUGUGUUUGAAGCUUCUGUUAGACUCCUCAACACUCUAGAAUACUGGUAUGAUACAAUAGGUGUGCCUAUCUUUACAAUAUCUGUCUUAUUCGAUACCGUAAGCAGCAGUGUCAAUGUUUUUUUUAUAUUUCGCCAUUGGCUACUGCACUCAGAGAAGGUAUAGUCCCCUUGAGACCUUUCUUGCAACUGCUUUGCAAGACGAAAGACACAUGGAACAGCAAACAUAACAAACCCGGGGGGGAAAUACAUUGGACUUCAGAAACCAAAUGGUAAUUCUUACACAGAUAGA